GUUCUUGAAUCCAGCUCUAACAAUCUUGGGGCGUGAACCGUCCGUUGCGUCCAAGGAAUACGUACUGGUGGUCCCUGGGGCCUGGUCUGGUUACCCCGCGGUCUCCCAUUGCAAAGUGAAAUUAGCUACCCUAAGCCUAACGCGUCACAAAGACCAAUUUAGACGCGUCGCUCGUGAUGAUGUGGUGAACCUUCCGGCCUUCUUCACAGCGGGACCGUCUGUUGUUUUCGGCGCACCCAGAUGACACCGAUUGCGUGACGCUGAUCACUGUCUUCAUCGCCAUGCCACCCCGAAUAUCCGUGCCGAUAAAAGCACGACUACCAUCCACCCUUCGCGUCAACGCUUCUCACCCAUCUGUGACCAAGUCUCUUGGGCGACUCUCACGCGAAGCUCUACUUUCCCUCGCCCUUGACUGGCUCGACGAAUAUGCCAUCCAAAAUGCGGUACCCUACUUGCUACCUGAGGGAGAUGAGGAAGAUGAGGAUAUGGACGAUCUGUACCCGCCAUGUCGGUCGGUGAGCGAACUGCGGCAACUCUACGUAAACAUGCGCCAGCUCAAGGGAUCGAAGAGAGAUGUAGUCAGCAGGAUCACGGAAGGCGACUGGAGGCAUGGACUGACAUUGUUCCAACUUGCCAUGGCAGAUUUUGCGUAUUUGGACGAGCAUCAGACAUCCCAGCGAUGGUCUUCGUAUCAGAUCCUGCCUUUACAGCCGCCUACACGGAGCACCGAGGAAGAGGACGAGGAAGUCCUUAAAGUCGACAAAGAAAGCCUCAGGGUGCCGCGCUUUCACCCUGCGACGUUUCUACAGCAACUUCAGGAUCAGAUCCUGCCAGACGUCAAGGCACAUUACCAUUUUCAUCGAACGGCAAACUUACCUGUGCUACUGCUGCGGAUCUUUGUUGUGCAUUCUGGGGUCAAUGACAGCAACGCCCUCCAUACAAAGAGCUCUGGUCAAGAAGAAGCAAGCUUUGAUGGCUCGAAAACGGUCUAUCUUGCAUUUCCAGAUGGGGCACCGGCCAUAUACGUCUCCAGGCCCACGGCCACUGGAGGCACUGUACCCGGAGAUUCGAAAAGCUUGCAAACACUGAUUGUCGAGGGUGUGCCCAAAGCUCUAUCCCGGGCGAGGGAGAGAUAUACCCUCAAAUCAACAAAUCUGCAGAGUCGGAACUUGUGGGCUCUGCUGGACAAGAGGGGUUCGGGGCGGACAAAUGCCGCGGGCGGAGGCUGGAGUAUCUACGUGAACGAGAAAGAGCAGAAAACCCCACUCGACUCUGCUUUGACAUUGCCACCACCCUCGAAAGACGAUUCAAAGGGGCGCAAGAGAGAAUGGCCGAUGAGCCAGGCUCAGCAAGAAGAGAAACGGGCCAAGGUUAUUGCCGAGGCGAGGUUUGGGGACUCGAGUACAAUGGAUGAUGGUAGAGGCGUGGAACGAGUCGAAGUUGUUCUUCAGGACCCCUUCCCACAGCAAGACCUCACUGGCGACUUGGAAGAGGACGUUGAUGGCGGAUCAGGAGACAAUCCUAGGCGACGAAGCAAAGUUGAUACGGUACUGCUGCAGGCGCAGAGUACACUUGACGAUGAGGCGGCUGACACCACAACAUCUUCAACAUGGACACCGCCCGUCAAGAUCGCGUUCACUGGUUCUCACGUGUUCGCUGGUAUCAGACAACUCGUGGAAGCUGGUAUGGUCGACGGCGAGAGAAUGCCCGGCUGGAUGACGGGGGAGGAAGGUGUGACGAUGGGCGUUGUGAGGCACGGGCGGAUACGAGGAUUCAAAGGCUCUGGUUUAUGACACCGCCCAGGUCUACGUAUGUAUGCUUCUAUGAUACCCAUGUCUUUCAUGCUGUUGCUGGCCAUCAAGGCGAUUCUAAUACAUCGAACAAUUUGACUGUAUUCCUCCAAGCGGCCUCGCAUACGUCCUCCACGGGUACAUCUUUGAUCCCCGCGACGAUCUUGGCAACGCGCUCAAUGUUGCAUG